CUGAACGUUGCUAUUGAGGAAGACAAUUCUGGGGAGCUGGCAGACGUACCCAUAUCUGAGAGAGUCUUAAUGGCUAUAUUCUGAAUUGGCUGGGGGGAAAAAAGCAAGCCAAAUGGAGGGAGGAUAUACUGUAAUGGUCUAACCAUGAAAGAAAUGACAGAUAUAUGUCCUUUUUUCCUGCAGGAUUUGACUCUUGAUCCUGAAACGGCUCACCCCAACUUAGUGCUCUCUGAGGACCGCAAGAGCGUCAAAUUUGUGGAGCAGCGCUUGCGAGAUCUGCCCGAUAGCCCGAGACGUUUUACCAUCUACCCUUGUGUGCUGGCCACCGAAGGCUUCACUUCGGGCCGCCACUACUGGGAGGUAGAGGUGGGCGAAAAGACUCACUGGGCCCUUGGGGUGUGCAAUGACUCAGUCAGCCGCAAAGGGGAGACAACCUCUUUACCAGAGACUGGCUAUUGGCGGGUACGGCUAUUCAAUGGGGACAAGUACGCGGCCACCACAACCCCGUUCACUCCGCUGCAUGUCGCGAUCAAGCCUAAGCGAGUAGGUGUCUUCCUGGACUAUGAGGCUGGGAAGCUCUCCUUCUACAAUGUGACGGACCGCUCCCAUAUGUACACAUUUACCGACACCUUCACCGAGAAACUUUGGCCUUUUUUCUACCCAGGAAUCCGUGCUGGGCGCAAGAAUGCAGCCCCCCUAGUCAUCCGGCCACCCACGGACUGGGAAUAACAAGAUGACCAAAUCCCCAUCUUCCUUUGCUACGCUUCGCCCUUGAAUUAUGGAGUUUUCAUAACUCAGCUUCUCACUGGGGAAGAGAGCAGGCAUCAGUGGUCUGCCUACUAAGCAACAUCAUCCCCGACCAGAAGAAGCAAAGCAUCACAGAAGGGAAGGGCUUUCAUACCGAGUGUUUCACAUUAGGCUUCUAAUGCUAUUAAAGCAGCAUUACACUGCUUUAAAGGUGUAUAGGAAAGGUUUGGAGAAGGCAAACCUUUGCAAGAAACAGCAAAGAGCUUGUACUUUUCUGUAAUCUAAAACUUCAGUCUCUGAAAUUUUGGAUUGCAGUUAAAUUUGGGGGGAACAAAAUCUCUUAAGGUUAGUCGAGUGUUUGGCAACAAGCCGUACAGAUUGCGUUGGCUGUGGGCAAGGCUGGUCAGAUGUGAGAGAAUGAAAAGGUGGCCAUUCUGUGCACUGUGGAGGGAGGUCAUCUCCUUUUGAAGGAGUUACGAUACAUGUUUAACUUUUGCUUGUAUAAUUAGUGGAAAUGAUCUAUUUCUCGACAGCCUGUUUUUGCUGGCAGGUCGAGUGGAUGCAGAAUAAAAGGAAACUAUAAUGCACAGUGAGCAUAAGUCAAGGAGGCUAGGGAGACCAUUCUCUUUGCCACAAUCAGAGCUGCCUCUGUGCAUUGCUGAAGCUUUGCUAUUCAAUUGUGGCUGCAACCAACUGGCAGAGGUGGCCCAUGAAAGGAAAAGUGCUGAAAUCACAAUGUUGAUUCAGCUACAGAAGGAAGUGCUCUCUGGUGGUAUCCUUUGGCAGCGUGUCUUAUGGUUCGAAUGCAGUGUGAUUGCAUCAGAAGGGCUAGUGCACAAUAUCUCUCAGUUCAUAGCUUUUUGCCUGUGAUAUUUCAGCUGUGUAACUUCAGAUACAAGUAGACUCCCUCAGUGGUAAGUUGAGUGGUGGGCAUCUUAUCUGUGGAUGGUGAGACAAAUAGCUUAUGGCACUUGCCUAGUCAGGAAAAUGCCACAGAUUAAAAAAAGAAAAACAGAGAUGCAGAGAAGUCAAAUUUAGUAACUUUCAGUGGAAUUUGAAUGUCUUCCAGUAUUUCACCACAAAUAUAACCCCCUGUCAUCAUCUUCACUAUAAUCUAGUGUUUGUUGGCAGGUACAGCUGAGCCAAAACAGACACAGGAGGGUGUUUUCAGUGUAAAACUUCUCACGAACCUUCUCCCCCCUUUCAAGCCACCGUUCUUCAAAUGCAUCUCCCCUUUAGGAGAUGGGCAUCGAACGAAGCCAAAAAUUGUUUGCACAUUCAGAGUCCAGGUAAAUUGGGUUUACUGUGCAGUGAUGUGCCAUCAUCCUGCUAGCUACAUGAUCCCUGUUGAUCCCUCUCAAAAUAGCCUUUGCUACCUAUUGUCCUCUAUAUUUGUUAGGGGACAGCUUUCAUGAUUGCCAUAUAGCAUGGCCAAAGGUUGUACAUCGUGGCCACUUUAAUCCCAGUACAUCCAGCAGCAGCAGCAGUGGAAGGCUAUCUUUGAAAGAAGGCCUGUUUUGUUUUGUUAGGGUUUUGGCAAAAUGGUUUUAAAAUACAGACGGGGAAAGAUAACAGCAGCAAAUCUGUGGUAAACAGCAUGCAAAAUAAUAAAGUGGAAGAUAUCUGUUAUGUAUGUGUCUUCAUGUAUUAGUGUGUAUGUAAUUCUUUUCCCUUCCCCUUUGACCUUAAAAAAGCCUAACAAAAAUCAUAUAACCUCUUGAUAAAGGAAUCCCAGCUGCCUUCAUUUUAGCUACCAAGGUUCUGUUCUGGAUAAAGGAAUUCCAAAUGAAACCAAUUGAAGGAGAAAACACGGGUCUUUAACCGGUUCUCAUGUUCACAAUUAGACCAGAUUGCACUUUCAAAUUAGGUAUGAAAUUCUGAGUACUUCGUAUGUAUGGAUCCAUUUUUUUUAAAAAAAUUGACAUUUGUAGGACAGUGGGUGGUGAGUUGAGCAAGACCAAGUCCACCAUUCUUCUGGGGAAGCUGGUAGUGGCCUUUAUGAGCUUCUGCACCAUAUGUGAGUUAAGUCUGAAUUUUUUUUUUUUUUUAAAGGCUGCCUUUUCCAGGCAAUUAAGUGAGAAGAAAGUCUACUUCUAGAUAGUCAAGGACUAGGGUGAGUGUAAUAAGUGCACACCCAGAUGGAGCUCUCCUGAAUAGGUGAAGGACUUGGAAGUUCAAAAACUGAAGUGGCGACCAUAUAUUGAAUGUGAACUUUCUUGAAUAUGUCAGAAAAUAUUCCUGUAAGGAUUUCAGCUUGCUGUCCAGUCCCAAAUUAGUAUUUGGCUGAUCAAACUCAAAGUGAUGUUUUGAUGGCUCCCAUAUACGUUUUGGUGGCCAUCUCAGAAUUGAGAAUUAGACAGGCCUAUUAUUUGCCUUCUAAUGGUACUGUGUGUAUGUGUGUGCGCCUGUGUGUGCAGGGGUUUGUAUGGUUGGAGCCCUUGAGUAUGACUACAUUGGCAAUUCUCCAGCAACCCACAGCUUAAUGCAAGAUAUGUGUGUUCUGGCUUGUAACAGUGCUACUAAUAAAAUAAUCUGUUUUAAUUGA